UAAGAAUGGAAUAAACAAAUAUAUCGUCAUCGAGACCUGAAAAUUGCAUUAAGAAAUUCUAAUAAUGGACAAGGCGUAUCUCUUCUAUUAUCACUGGCCUUCUUAAGUCGUUAAGGAAAGAAGGGGGUAACCAUUCAUACCGUUACUUUGCAGCUGCACUGGGUCAACUUAACAGUCUUUCCAUCGACAUCUGAAGAGCGGAGUCGAGGUGUGCGAGUUGGUGUUUAGCCGUCAAGGUGCUUCAGUGCGUGUAGUGAAUGUUGUUAUUUUACUUUGUGCGGCAAUGAAGUGUAUCAGUGUAUUGUUGUUUAUAACUAUAUUUGGCGGCACAUGGCGGCUAGGCCGACCGACCUGCGUUUUGGAAUCAGAUUUCGGAUUUACCCUCAACUGUGCUUUUAAGAAAUCUGGCCUGUUUCGAGUUAGAAAUCUUGGUGGUGUCAAGGCUCACAUAGGCCUGGGUUUUAGUGUCGGAGAUGAGCUAGGGUUUAAAGAAUCUCUUUCUAAUGUCGAGAACAAUAGAAGACGAUCGGCCCAAGCGUCUCGUUUGCAGGCCGAGCUGAUUCAAGCCCAGCAAAAAAUGAAGGCUGAGAAUCAGAUUCGAGCGCGUUCGCCAGCCGAUCUUCCGAAAAAAUCGGCUUUGCCCACGAUCCCGCCGUUCAAGCCCAUACCCCCGGCCCCGGAGCGCCCGGACGCCCCCAAGUCAGGAAUCCCGACCCCGGCUGUGAUGGGCAUUGCAGUGCCCGCGUACAACCCCAUGCCUUCCCCCAUUUCGCGGCUCUCAGCGGGACCCGCCCUGCCCGAGCCCUCCAAGCCCAAAGUGAUGGCGGUCGUCGUCCCAAUGAACAAAGUGCAACCAAGUGAUAAAUUAAGUAGUACAAAUUUUGCAUUAAGGACGCUGCCCUCGCCCAACAACGAGCUGCCGCCCCCAUCUACCUCAAGCUCCGUGCAGGCGCUCCUGGCGGCGAACAACAUCACCGAAGACAUGCUGCAGAACGCCCUGCUGCAGAGGCAGCAAAUGCUGGCCAAGACAAGACCGACCACAACCACUCCAAAAACAAGUGUAGUCGGCAAUAAGUAUGCCAACAGCGUCGGAAAAGUCAUGAAUGCGCCCAAGGAAUAUUAUCCGGUGGGGUAUGAUAAGAACUUUGACGACAAUUUCGCCUCAAGGGUCGAACUGCCGGAAACCUCCUUUUACUGCGGGGACCAGAAACACUUCCCGGGUCUCUACGCCGAUGAGGAUCUAGGCUGCAUGGUGUUUCACGUUUGCGCUUUAACCGACGAUGGUCUGAUUAUGAAGAGCUUCCUUUGCCCGGAAUCCACAUUGUUCGACCAAACAAUACUCAAGUGCAAUUGGUGGUUUUACGUCGAUUGCAAAAAUUCGAAAAAACUCUACGACUCGAAUAUACCCAUAUCGAAGAGUUAUCAGCUAAUGAAAGCGCUAACAUUCUUCUCCGGGUACAAAAAAGACAGCGCGACGACACCCAAAUCGAAAGAUAAAGACUGAUAUUUUUAAAAUUUAUUUUUAGAAUAAUCAAUUUUUGUUAAGUGUUAGCAAGGAGUCCCUAUAGCAAAUAGUUUGUUUCCCAAUCGGACACCAAUUUAUUCACGUUACAGUCUAACUGGUUUCCCCACUUUCACAUUAAUGAAAGCAUUUGAUUUAAAGCAGAUCAAGCGAAUCAUCAUAUUCAUCCAUUGCUUAGAAAACUAACAGUUUGCAGUUGAACAGAAAAACUUUCAUUGCCUUGAAAAAUGAAAAUUGUUAAAUAACACGUGAUUUUAAGUAUUAAUAGACUGUGAGUUGCCUUCUCCUUGUUUAACCUAAGCUCAAUGUAAAAAUCUAAGUCUUAUUAUUUAUUGUUACAUAGUGGUUAUUAGAUACUUACUUCGCUAAUUAAGAUGUUUAUCGGAUCUAAGAAUAAUUAGCAUUUUUAUAGCAUUAUAUACUCGUCUGAUUGUUUUAUUUGUAAUGUUUGGAAAUGUCCAAGUGGCUCUUUACCCGUCUAGUGAAUUUUUCGGCCCCCUUACGCAAAAAAACGAUCAGUAGCUUAAAUUUUAUUUCAUACAUCUAGUCAAAUAUUUCAUGUCAGGCCUAAUUUCAGUAAAUAUUCUUAUCUGUCUGGACUGCUAAAUAGCCACUGCCAUUGUGUAUUCACGGGGGUACAUGACAAUUUUUUAUUUAGAUUUAUUAUAACGAUAUGAAAUGGUUAGGUUCCUCCAAGAAUGUUUUAUCGUAUUGUUAUUACCAAAUAUUUAUAUUUUUAAUUCUCAUGUUUGGGGAGUUUCUGUGAAUGUUUGUUAAUACUUUUUGUAUAACGGCAUUUUAUUGUUGGUAAAUAAAUUAUUUAUUACAUUUCUUAAA